UCCGCCCGCGGCUCCUCCUCCUCCUGCGAGAGGCCGACGGACUUGUCGGCCGGGCGGCGGGCACUGGGCACUGGACGGGCUCCUGGCCGUGCGCCGCAUCGUGCCCUUCCUCGCGUCUCGCUGCUCACCAUGCCCAAGCGGCUCUCCCGGGCCCGGCCGGGGCUGCCGGCUGCCGGCGCCUUGCUCGCCGCCUCCUCCUUCCGGCUGUGGCUGCUGCUGCUGUUGCUGCCCGUGCCCGGGGCGCUCGGCGUCGGCCUCUACACUCCCGACGACCCGCUGGUGGUGUUCUCGGCGGAUACCCUGGAGCGCAGCAUCUUCAACUCCAGCAGCGCCUGGGUGGUCGAGUUUUACGCGUCCUGGUGCGGCCACUGCAUCCACUUCGCCCCCACCUGGAAAGCGCUGGCCAACGACAUCCAAGAUUGGAGACCUGCUGUGACUCUGGGGGUCCUAGACUGUGCUGAGGCGAGCAACCAGAAAAUCUGCUCGGAUUUCGGGAUCACCGGCUACCCAACACUGAAGUUUUUCAAGGCGUUCUCCACGAAGCCCGAGGAUGGCGUCAGACUUCACCAUAAAGCAGACGACAUUCGGAGCCUCACAGAGUCCAUCAUCACCUCAAUAGAGAGCCAUAGAGACCUGUGGCCUCCCGCCUGCCCGCCACUGGAGCCAAUUAGUGCGGCAGAACUUCACGACUUCUUCCACACAAACAACGUGACUUAUUUGGCCCUGAUAUUUGAAAAGGAGGACUCCUUUUUGGGCAGAGAGGUCACACUGGACAUGCUCCAGUUUGAGAACAUUGCAGUGAGGCGAGUCUUAAAGAGCAACGAAGAGCUCGCGAGGAGCUUCAACAUUACCACCUUCCCUUCUGGCGUCCUCCUUGUCAAGAACGGCUCGUGCAGCAGCAUCCCUGUGCAUGUUGAUUCAAGACCACUUUACACAGACUUCCUGAAGAAACUGCCUGGGGUUGUUAGAGGAGACACCUUCACGCCCACUGUGCUGCCACCUGUACCACCUACUACACCUGGGCCCUGGAAGGUGAUAGACAGGAGAAAAUUGUACAUGGCUGACGUGGAAUCGGCAGUGCUUUACACGCUAAGGAGAGAGGCAACACGAUACGAUUUCCUUGAAAAAGAGCAACUCUCCGCAAUGAAGCAGUAUGUGGCAGUAUUGGUCAAGUACUUUCCUGGACGCCUGCCGAUCAUGAACUACCUUCGCAACCUGGACUUUUGGCUGAGGCCAAAGACAAACGUUUCCAAGAGCGAGUGGGAGGAAGCGCUGAGGAAUAAAAAUGAGCUUCCCAAUGCCUGGCUGCCGGAGAAUCCAACCUGGGUAGCGUGUCAAGGGAGCAAGAGAGGUUUCCCAUGUGGCCUCUGGACUCUCUUCCAUCUCCUGACGGUGCAGGAAGCACUGCUUAGCCCUCAACCUCACACACCACCGGAAGUCCUCCCUACAAUGAGAGGGUAUGUCCACUACUUCUUUGGCUGCCGGCAGUGCGCAGACCACUUCGAGGCCAUGGCAGCAGAGUCCAUGAACAAAGUGAGGAACAAAGAUGGCAGCAUUCUCUGGCUUUGGUCAAGGCACAACAGAGUCAAUGCUCGCUUGGCAGGCACUGCAAGUGAGGACCCCAAAUUCCCCAAGAUCCAGUGGCCUCCCAAAGAUUUGUGUUGGUCAUGCCAGAUCACCAUCAACGGAAGGCUGAUGUGGGACGAGAGGGCCAUCCUGAGAUUCUUCAAGAGUCAUUUCUCGCGAGGCAACAUUUACCUGGAUUUCCUCAAAGUUGAGAAAGGGCUUCGGGUCAGACAGGGCCGAGAUGUUGAGGAGAGAGACUACGAAGCUGACAGGAAGCUGGAAGGAGGAGGAGGAGGACAAGAGACUGGCAGAGGAGAUGGAGAGGCCUUGGAGGAAGAGGAGAAGAGGACAGAAAGGAAGAAACCUGGUUUCGAACGGUCAGGCUCCCUGGAGGCACGCAAACCCUCUAUCGUCAAGAUGAACACCAAGACCAAAGAGCUGGAGGAAAACAUUGUCGAUCUGGAUACCUUCAGCGAGCAGCACUUCAGGAGCAAGGCGCUGAAGAUGGCAGGCCAGGCCGGCUUCAGGCACAGCCGCAGUAAGAGGGACAUUGGACUGGUGCGGAUGGAGGACCGGGGCCACCAGUUUCUUGAUUAUGAUGCCGCCUGGCGGCUUCUGCAGCAGAAGGGCUUGGGAGCCCAGCAGAUCGUGGGCAUCAUGGAGGAGUCUGAGAAGGAGGGCGGGGUCAUCCAGAGGAGGAGCCAGUGGUUCCACAUCCUGGGGGCAGGCUUCUCCAGAUUGGACGUCAGCUUGUGCAUUGUCUUGUACUUCCUCUCCUCCAUGUGCCUGUUGGGCAUGUACACUUUCUUCCGCAUGCGCAUGAGGUACCGCAAGGGCCGCCCAGGCUUCCUCCAAGCCUGAGAGAGACAAGCAGAGCGUCAGCAGAUAGCGGGUUGGAGAAGGGGUGUGAGUGUGUUUGUGCGCAUGCGCUGCAUGCCCACGAUGCUUGUUCCUCAGCAACAAUUCCUACUCUGGUUUAUGGAUGCACAAAUGCGAAAAAACAUGCAGGUAUCUCAGUUGUAAAAGCACAUACAUGUGGUGUGGUGCUUGACCCGACUGAGUGUGCAACAGUGGCAACGGCAGGUAAGGAAUCGGCAAGCCUGUGUGUGGAGGGAAGUAAGGGGUGGUAUUCAAUUGAAGUUUUUCUCAGACUAAACCUGUUGAAAUUAGUGGGCUUGACUUAGAUCUGUUCAUUAAUUUAAAUGGGUCUGUUCUGAGUAAAACUUAGUUGAACACCACCCACGGCAAGUGCUCAUUAUGCCACCAUUUCUGCAGUGUGUAUGUGUGUGGGUGUUUCAUUUCUGUAUCUAUAAUGGAGUACGAAUUGUUGAGCAACAUGUUGACUUUGUUGUUGAAAGGGGUGUUGGUUUCCAUUUCAGACCACGUAUUGUCAGGGGAGUGAAUGGGCUUAAAAAAUAAAAACGUCCUCGCCUUGUGGGAUCUUUAGCUGAACACAUUCUGACCCCACCAUGGAAAUGUAGCAUAUUCCUUCUUCAGAAUGUCAGAGUGUGUAACAAGGUUCUUGCAGAGCUUUUAUGUGGAUGGUUUGGGAGCAGCGGCAAAAUGACAAUUUUCAAAUAUGAAUCGGAGACCUGUAUAAUUUGUAAAAGCUGGUUUGUUCCAGGUUAAAGUGACAUGAUGGACUUUGCGGAUACGAAGCUGAACUUUUUGUGCCUGGCGUCUUGAGGUAUAUCUGAGCCCUUUGCUACCUGGAAGAAAACUCAGUCCUGAUUUCUUGAAUUUACGCGUAGAAGCGCAGUUCCACGAUAGCCCGCCGGAGAUACUUUGAUUUCUUUUUACUAAACUGGAUUCCAAAG